AUGACUGUGGACAGAGCCCUGGCGCUGUACCUGCAGCAAAACAACUUGGGGCCUUCUUUGCUGCGGCGGGUAGCAGCAGGAAUUUACUUUUUGGGAAAGAUUAAACUGGCCAUAAAGUUGACUCGGCCCAGCAGCAGCAGCAGCAGCAGCAGCAGGUCCAUUAACCAGCAGCUCUGCUGCAUGCCCCUCCACCUGACCCACGAGGAAAAGGUGCAGCAGCAGCAGCGCUUUGUGCCUCUCCAUGCCUUCCUGAAGCAGCAAGGUGUCUUCGACAGAAGCAGCAGCAGCUAG